AUGCCCGGUCACUAUCAGGAGCUUGAAGCCACGCCAGGUUACUAUCAGGAGCCUGAAGCCACGCCAGGUUACUAUCAGUUACCGGAAGCCACGCCUGGUCAGUAUCGUGGACCUGAAGCCACGUCAGAUCAGUAUCGUGGACCUGAAGCCACGUCAGAUCACUAUCGGGGGCCUGAAGCCACGUCAGGUCACUAUCAGGGACCUGAAGCCACGCAGGUCACUAUCAGGGACCUGAAGCCACGUCAGGUCACUAUCAGGAGCCUGAAGCCACGCCAGGUCACUAUCCUGAGGCAGGUCCUAUCAGAAGCCACGUCAGGUCACUAUCAGGGACCUGAAGCCACGCAGGUCACUAUCAGGGGCCUGAAGCCACGCCAGGUCACUAUCAGGAGCCUGAAGCCACGCCAGGUCACUAUCAGGAGCCUGAAGCCACGUCAGGGACCGGAAGCCACGCAGGGUCACUAUCAGGAGCCUGAAGCCACGCCAGGUCACUAUCAGGAGCCUGAAGCCACGCAGGUCACUAUCAGGGACCUGAAGCCACGUCAGGUCACUAUCAGGGACCUGAAGCCAUGCCCGGUCACUAUCAGGAGCUUGAAGCCACGCCAGGUUACUAUCAGGAGCCUGAAGCCACGCCAGGGACCUCAGUUACCGGAAGCCACCUGGUCAGUAUCACUAUCAGAUCAGUACCCUGAAGCCACGUCAGGUCACUAUCAGGGACCUGAAGCCACGCAGGUCACUAUCAGGGACCUGAAGCCAUCAGGGUCACCUCAAAGCCUGAAGCCACACACUAUCAGGGACCUGAAGCCACGCAGGUCACUAUCAGGGGACCUGAAGCCACGCAGGUCACUAUCAGGACCUGAAGCCACGCAGGGUCACUAUCGUCCUGGGCAUCACUAUCAGGGGACCUGA